CGGCGGGCCCCGGGCUUCCCGGGGCGGGAUGUUUUCCCGGAGGAGUCACGGCGACGUGAAGAAGUCCAUCCAGAAGGUGCUGGACCCCAAGAAGGACGUGCUGACGCGCCUCAAGCACCUGCGGGCGCUGCUCGAUAAUGUGGAUGCAAGUGAUCUUAAGCAGUUUUUCGAGAUCAAUUAUUCUCAGAUAUACUUCAUCUUCUAUGAAAAUUUUAUAGCACUGGAAAAUAGUUUAAAAUUAAAAGGGAAUAAUAAGUCACAGCGGGAGGAGCUGGACUCCAUCCUCUUUCUUUUUGAAAAAAUACUGCAAUUUCUACCUGAGCGAAUUUUCUUUAAAUGGCAUUAUCAGAGUAUAGGAUCAACAUUAAAGAAGCUUUUACAUACUGGAAAUUCUAUUAAGAUAAGAUGUGAAGGAAUCAGGCUAUUUCUUUUGUGGCUUCAAGCACUUCAGACAAACUGUGCAGAAGAGCAGGUGCUGAUCUUUGCUUGCCUUGUGCCUGGUUUCCCAGCAAUCAUGUCAUCCAGAGGCCCCUGUACACUGGAGACACUCAUCAAUCCUAGCCCAAGUGUAGCUGAUGCAAAGAUAUAUCCAGAAGAAAUUACUCCACUUCUACCAUCCAUAUCUGGGGAAAAGAUCACUGAGGACCAAACAUGCUUUUUUCUUCAAGUACUGCUGAAAUAUAUGGUUAUUCAGGCUGCAAGUUUGGAAUGGAAGAAUAAAGAAAAUCAAGAUACUGGGUUUAAAUUUCUUUUUACAUUGUUUAGAAAGUAUUAUCUUCCUCAUUUAUUUCCAUCUUUUACUAAAUUAACAAAUAUCUACAAACCUGUACUUGACAUCCCACAUUUGAGACCAAAGCCAGUGUACAUUACUACAACUAGAGACAAUGAAAAUUUUUACAGUACAAAAAUUCCAUACAUGGCAGCUCGUGUUGUUUUUAUUAAGUGGAUUGUAACUUUCUUUUUGGAUAAAAAGUAUCUGACUGCAACACAAAUCACCAAAAAUGGGGUUGAUGUUUUGCCUAAAAUUAUACAGACUGUGGGUGUUGGCAUGGUUCAAGAUCGGGCACCAGAGCUGGAUGGUGACAUGCCUGCAGAGCAGGACAAAAACCAUUCUAACAGCAGUAGCUUGUCGGACCGAAGACUCAGCACUUCCAGCCUUUGUAGCAUUGAAGAAGAGCACAGAAGUGUGUAUGAAAUGGUGCAGCGGAUUCUUUUGUCAACAAGAGGUUACGUCAACUUUGUGAAUGAAGUGUUUCGUCAGGCAUUUUUGUUGCCUUCCUGUGAUAUAGCUAUAACAAGAAAAGUAGUUCAAGUAUAUAGAAAAUGGAUCCUCCAGGACAAGCCUGUGUUCAUGGAAGAACCAGAUAAAAAUGAUGUUGUUCCAGAAAGUACUGAAAAAUUAGGAUUUUCAGAGACUGAUUGCAAGGAGACUACUUCUGAAAGUACCCGUCACAAGCGAUCUUCCAGUUGGGGACGGACAUAUUCAUUCACGAGUGCAGUGAACAGAGGAUGUGUGGCUGAAGAGGAAAAUAGGAACGUGAGAGCUGGUUCUCAGGCGAUGCUGCAGGUAUUUUUGACGAAUGCUGCAAACGUCUUUCUGCUAGAACCAUGUGCUGAAGUUCCCAUGCUCUUGAAAGAACAGGUUGAUGCCUGUAAAGCCAUUUUGAUUAUUUUUCGGCGCAUGAUAAUGGAGCUUACAAUGAAUAAAAAGACCUGGGAACAGAUGUUGCAAAUACUACUCAGGAUAACAGAAGCUGUGAUGCAGAAGCCAAAGGAUAAACAAAUAAAGGACUUGUUUGCCCAGAGCUUGGCAGGAUUGCUGUUUAGGACACUCAUUGUGGCUUGGAUCCGAGCAAACCUCUGUGUGUAUAUUUCACGUGAGCUCUGGGAUGAUUUUCUUGGUGUGCUGUCUUCUCUUACGGAAUGGGAGGAACUCAUAAAUGAGUGGGCCAACAUCAUGGACUCCUUGACAGCAGUGCUUGCAAGAACCGUUUAUGGAGUUGAGAUGACAAACCUACCUCUGGACAAAUUAAGUGAACAGAAGGAAAAAAAGCAACGAGGCAAAGGCUGCUUUCUGGAUCCCCAGAAAGUCACCUCUGUUGGAAGAUCCUUUUCCCUCAGCUGGCGGAGCCACCCUGAUGUGAGCGAGCCCAUGCGCUUUAGGAGUGCCACCACUUCUGGGGCGCCAGGAGUUGAAAAAGCAAGAAACAUUGUUCGCCAAAAAGCAACUGCUAAGCGAAGCCAGUCAAUCAGCAACUGUGUCCACCUUUCUGAGGCUUUGCCCGCCACUAAAAGCGUCCCGCUCCUCCUUCACACCGUGAGCGCUCUCUUACCGGGUCUCUCUUACUCUUGUUCUCACAGGCUGUCAGAAGUGGAGGAAUGUCAGCAGUCAGAGAAUUCCCCCACCCUCGACCCGGGCCGGUUGGUUGCUGAGCAGCCCCACCAGAUCCUCCGGAGCAGCAGCACGCCUGAUGUCACUGAGCCCUCCUGCACAGGCUCUUCCCAGGGUGUGUCACUGAGUACCCCUGCUCAUCCUCUCCUCAGUCAGAAGAUGGAAAAUGCACAGAAUGUAAGUUUUUCAGAACCCAAACCAAUUCAAGAGAAUAAAGGACACACGAAGAAAGAACAUGAAGGAAUAACAAUCUUAGUUCGAAGAAGCAGUAGUCCUGCUGAAUUGGAUUUAAAAGAUGAUUUGCCACAGACACAAGGAAAAUGCAGAGAAAGACAGAAGAGUGAAAGUGUCAGCAGUGAGACAGCUCUGGGCUAUAAUAAUGAGACAGAGCUGUCCAUGAGCCUAUGGAAUACCUGUGAGGAAGACCCGGAACUGAACACUCCCACAGACGUGGCUGACUCUGAUGCUCGACACUGGUUACAGCUCAGUCCAACUGAUGCUUCAAACUUAACAGAGAGCAGUGAAUGCCUUGUGGACGACUGCAGUAUAAUCGCCGGAGGGAACCUCACUGGCUGGCACCCAGACUCCGCUGCUGUAUUAUGGAGAAGAGUCUUGGGGAUCCUGGGAGAUGUGAAUAAUAUCCAGUCACCUAAGAUCCAUGCCAAAGUUUUUGGCUAUCUCUAUGAACUCUGGUAUAAACUAGCAAAGAUAAGGGAUAAUCUAGCAAUAAGCCUGGAUAACCAGUCUUCUCCAUCUCCUCCAAUCCUGAUCCCUCCACUCAGAAUGUUUGCAUCAUGGCUGUUUAAGGCGACCACAUUGCCAAAUGAGUAUAAGGAAGGCAAACUACAAGCCUACAGACUGAUCUGUGCCAUGAUGACCAGACGCCAGGACGUGCUACCAAACUCAGACUUUCUGGUGCAUUUUUACCUUGUGAUGCACCUGGGAUUGACUAAUGAAGAUCAGGAUAUCUUAAAUAUGAUCAUAAGGCACUGUCCACCACGCUUUUUCUCCUUGGGCUUGCCUGGCUUCUCCAUGCUGGUGGGAGACUUCAUCACAGCUGCGGCCAGGGUCCUCAGUACAGACAUGUUGGCGGCACCUCGUUCAGAAGCACUCACCAUUCUUGGUUCUCUUGUCUGCUUUCCGAAUACCUACCGGGAGAUUCCAUUACUACAGUCAGUUCCAGAAGUCAGUGAGGUCAUUACAGGAACAGAAGAUAUCAAGCAUUACCUCAUAAAUAUUUUACUGAAGAAUGCCACAGAAGAACCAAAUGAAUGUGCAAGGUGCAUUGCUAUUUGUUCCCUCGGGGUCUGGAUCUGUGAAGAACUUGCCCAGAAUACAAGCCAUCCUCAAAUGAAAGAAGCUGUCAAUGUAAUAGGUGUCACUUUGAAGUUUCCUAACAAAAUUGUGGCCCAGGUAGCCUGUGAUGUUCUCCAGCUGCUGGCUUCCUUCUGGGAAAAGCUUCAAACCUUUGAAACCUCACUGCCUCAGAAAAUUGCAGAAAUCCUUGUGGCUACAAUUGCUUUUCUUUUACCAAGUGCAGAGUAUUCUUCAGUGGAAACAGAUAAGAAGUUUAUUGUGUCUUUGCUACUCUGCCUUUUGGACUGGUGCAUGGCUCUGCCAGUGAGUGCCCUUCUUCAUCCAGUGUCCACGGCAGCCCUGGAGGAGCAGCACGUGUCCAGAGCCCCACUGCUAGAUUAUAUCUACCGGGUUCUACACUGCUGUGUUUGUGGCUCAAGCACAUAUACCCAACAGAGCCACUACACACUUACCCUGGCUGACCUGUCUUCCUCGGAUUAUGACCCUUUCCUGCCACUGGCAAAUGUGAGGAAUUCUGAGCCAGUCCAAUAUCAUUCAUCAGCAGAACUAGGAAACCUGCUUACUGUUGAAGAGGAGCGGAAGAGAAGAAGUCUGGAGCUGAUCCCACUGACAGCCAGGAUGGUCAUGGCCCACCUGGUAAACCAUCUCGGGCACUUUCCCCUUUGUGGGGGUCCAGCUGUGCUUCAUAGCCUGGUCAGUGAAAACCAUGACAACACACAUGCAGAAGCAUCUGAACUCUCCUCAGAGGUGUUCCGAAGCCCCAACUUGCAACUGUUUGUGUUUAAUGACAGCACUCUCAUUUCCUAUCUUCAAACACCCACAGAAGGCCCAGUGACUGGGUCCCCAGCCGGAGCUCUCUCUGAUGUGAGAGUGAUCGUAAGGGAUAUUUCAGGGAAGUACUCUUGGGAUGGAAAGGUUCUGUAUGGGCCUUUGGAAGGCUGCAUAGCAGCCAAUAGUAGGAAGCCUUCAUUUCUGAUUUCCAGCUGGCAUCAUCAGACAUGUGGACCUCAAAAAGAUUUCUCUCAAAUUGAAGAGGGUGAUGAUGUCCUGGGCAAAUUACUUGAAAACAUUGGCCACACAAGUCCAGAAUGUCUCUUGUCAUCACAGCUAGAUCUAAAUGAGCCUUCCCCACCCCCCUGUGGAAUGAACCAUGAGCAGGAGAAGGAAAUCAUUGAGGCCAUUUUGCGGCAGAAUGCACUAGAAGACGAGUAUGUUCAGAGAUGUAACUUAGAUUCAGCCAUGAAAGUCACCAGCCAGGAGCAGCCGUCACCAGUGGAACCUCGUGGACCCUUCUAUUUCUGCAGGCUGCUGCUUAAUGACUUGGGAAUGAAUUCUUGGGACAGAAGGAAAAAUUUCCAUCUGUUAAAGAAAAAUUCAAAAUUACUAAGAGAGCUGAAAAAUCUGGACUCCCGUCAAUGCCGUGAAACACACAAGAUUGCAGUAUUUUACAUUGCUGAAGGUCAAGAGGACAAAUGUUCAAUUCUUUCCAAUGAAAGAGGAAGCCAAGCAUAUGAAGACUUUGUGGCUGGUCUUGGAUGGGAGGUGGACCUCUCGACCCACUGCGGGUUUAUGGGUGGACUUCAGCGAAAUGGCAGCACAGGGCAAACCGCCCCGUACUAUGCAACCUCUACCGUGGAAGUGAUUUUCCAUGUGUCCACACGUAUGCCAUCAGACUCAGAUGACUCCCUCACCAAAAAGCUUCGUCACCUGGGGAAUGAUGAGGUCCACAUUGUCUGGUCGGAGCACUCCAGGGACUACCGCAGGGGUAUUAUCCCCACAGCCUUUGGAGACGUCUCAAUCAUUAUUUACCCAAUGAAGAAUCACAUGUUUUUUAUCGCGAUAACAAAGAAACCUGAGGUUCCUUUUUUUGGACCUCUGUUUGAUGGCGCCAUAGUGAGUGGGAAACUCUUGCCAAGCCUUAUCUGUGCCACAUGCAUCAAUGCCAGCAGGGCCGUGAAGUGCCUCAUCCCACUCUACCAGAGCUUCUAUGAAGAGCGAGCUUUAUAUCUUGAAGCAAUCAUUCAGAACCAUCGUGAAGUAAUGACGUUCGAGGAUUUUGCAGCUCAAGUCUUUUCUCCCUGUCCCAGCUACUCCCUCAGUGGAACGGAUUAAGAUGCCUAAAGAUCCACUGGAUUAUCUGAGCAAGGGUUCUGGCCAGCAGCCUCUGUGCCUAUCUCAUUGUCACCUCAUGGCAAGGAGAAGACAGAGGGAAUUCCCCACACAUACACCCCUCAGCCCAGAGAAGACUGGGAAGAAUCUUCCCAUGAAAAAUCUUCUGAAGAUCCAAAUGAGUCACUGAAAUAUAACCUAUGUGACUUUUAAACUAGGUAGCAUCACUGUUUCCUAAACCUUGGAUUCAAAAGAAGAAAAGCAAAAGUCACCCAACACCCCAAGGCAACCCUUUUCUCGAAAGUGGCUGCGCAGAGCAGACUUCAAAGGAAGAUUGUGGGUGUUCAUGGGAAGGUCAGAAACAGUCAGCUGGUUUCUCUGGCCCAGCUGCUUUCCUUUGACAUGUUUUACCGAGGGGCUACUAUAAGCCACUGUCAGGCUGCUUGAGGAAUUUUUCUCAGCAUGGAUAUUGCUGGUUCUCCUGUAGGUGAGGAUUUAUGAGGAACUACAAAAUUUCAUCAUCAUGGAAAUUGGCUUUCCCCAGAGUCUUUGGCCCAGGAGAAGUUUUACCUCAGUUGCUGAGUGUUUUUCCACCUGGUGCUUGAUGUCCGCUGACUGAGGAGCGGCUCUGCCAACCUCUGUGGAGACCCUCCCUGAAGAACACUCAGAAUACUGAGAAACACUGGGUCCUGCCCCUGCAAGAGCUCCCUUCCCCUGUGAUCUGCAUCCCUUCCUGAUCAACCUGAGCUCAUCACUAACUGCAUCAGUCAACACACAGGCACACACCAGGCCUAAAUCCAGUCAACACCCUACGCCUUGCCCUGCUGUCUGCUGCUCUGAGCACCACAACAGGACCUUGACUAGUUUUCCCAUCAUGUAGGAUUUCAGGGCCAAUGAUUCUAUGCAAGGACUUUUAUGGGAUUUUGUUGAAUUGUUUCUGGGCCAUACCUGGCAAUGCUCAGGGCUUACUCCUGGCUCUACACUCAGGAAUUACACUUGAAAUUCUGAGGAAACCAUGUGAUAUGUUGAGGUUGAACCUAGUCAGCCAUGUGCAAGUCAAACACCCUACCUGCUGUACUAUCUGUCCCAUAACUUUUUUAAAAAGAAAAAUACCAAAAUCCUACUAGCCAUGUAGGAGAUCCCAAUGCUUUUGCUGAGGUGUAUGGGUCAGUGAUGGAGACUCCUUAUGAACAGACUGGUGUGGCUGGACCUCACUGUUGUUCACUAGAGUUCUUGGUGAGCAGAGUUCUUGUCUCCAGAACAAGUCUUGGCUCCAGAUAGGAAACUAAAAGCUAGCCCAGCUACAAGAAAUUUUAGCCCAUACAUAGCUGCUUUCCAACCUUCCUCUUCCUUCUUGUGCCCUGGUCAUCUCUCUGGUGAGCUCUCCAAGCCUCCUUAUCUCACCAGAGGCUCUAUUUUUACUGGCCACUCAGUUCUUUCCAUC